GAAAUAGAACUAAUCGAUAUUGAAGCGACAGCGCUUGAUGCUCUGGUUAAUUUCUGCUAUUCUGGUGAGAUACAGAUCAGCGACGUCAACGUUCCGAGCACCCUCCACGCUGCUUGUCUGCUCCAGUUGAACGACGUCAAGGAGGCCUGCUGUGAGUUUUUGAAAAAGCAGUUACGCCCGUCAAAUUGCCUGGGAGUUCGAGAGUUUGCCGAUACUCACUCCUGUCGAGAGCUUGUUCGUUGUGCUGAUAACUACAUUUUGGAGAAUUUUCAGGUCAUUAUAGGCACUGAAGAGUUUCAUCAGCUUCCAAAAAAUCAGUUGGUUCAGUUCCUAUCUAAUGAUGAGCUCAUUGCACCUCUCGUAGAACAGACUUCUAUUCAACUUUUGCAGCUGUUGGAGUACGUACGACUUCCUCUUUGUCGGCCGGAGUUCCUUGUCAACACAGUAAGUAAAAAUGCGCUUGUGAUGGCUGACGCCACCUGCCGCAAUUUUGUCGACCAGGCAAAGGAUGACCUUAUUCUUCAGUUUUCUAUACUUGAAUGUUCGAAUAUGAGAGGGAAGUGCACUCGAGCACGUGGUGUGGUUGCUGAAGGAAUCUAUGUUGUGGGUGGAAUAAACGAGAGAAGCGUCGAACGUCUGGAUCGCGAAGGUAAUAAUCGUGUGUGGCAGUACGUUGCUCCUUUGAACCACAAAAGGUGCUAUGGCGGCGUUGCUGUUGUCGACAGGUCCAUUUAUGCUGUGUGUGGCUACUGUCCGGGCAUCGGUAUUUUGAACAGCAUCGAGAGGUACUGCGUUUUUAACUGUAAAACAGAUUAG